CUAUGAAAUAAUCAGUAGGAAUACUUCUCCGAUGAGAGAGCAUCUGGUGGUCAUAAUGAACGAUUUUUUACCUUUAGCUCACGUUAUGAACGCGAACAAACAGGAUUUUUAAUGUUUUCUCGGCAUUAUGUGUUAUCAAUAUUGUGAAUUUCAUCUGGAAAUUGUUAAAAUGUGCAUGAGAGAUCAUUUUUGGUGAUUUUUAGUCAGUGCACAGAUAACAACGGGUGUGUGUGGUGGAAGAAUUAGUGGUUCUAUGACAUACAGUCUUGUGGAACGCGUAUUGAUGUUCGUGUGGCGCGCGCGUGUCCCGGCUGGUGAUGUGGCGGCAACAUGUGGCGCGAGUGGCGCUGGAUUGUGGUGACGCUGAACGCUGUCGCCGCGCUCUCGCCCGUCAUUAAGAUUGGUGCUGUGUUCACGGAGGAGGCGCGGGGCGGGAGCGCUGAGCUCGCGUUCAAAUACGCCGUUUACAGGAUAAACAAGGAGCGCAGUCUGCUGCCGAACAGUACGCUCGUCUACGACAUACAGUACUCGCCGGCCAGGGACAGCUUUAAGACUUACAAACGAGCGUGUAGUCAGAUAAAGUCUGGUGCGGUGGCAUUGUUCAGCGGGGGCGGUGAGAUGCUGGGACUCACUUUAGGAGCCAUGUGUCAGACACUGCACACACCACAUAUGCACAUCUCGCCACAUCCUAUAGCUGGAGCCUAUAACCAUUCCUUCACGGUGAACCUGUAUCCGUCGCGAGAGCUCAUCAACAGAGCGUUCGAGGACCUCAUUAGCUACCUCAAUUGGACAAGACUGGGCAUCAUUUACGAAGAAUAUGGAUAUGGUGAACUUAACAUUCUGGACAUAGCAAAAGAUGGGCGCGAUAUGUACGCAGUGCGAUGUCACGACGCGAAGGAGUAUCGGCGCGCGCUGUCGCAGCUCAAGGCGCAGAAGAUCACCCACGUCAUAGUCGACACCGAUCCGAAGAGGUUCCGACAGCUGGCGAGAGCCAUUCUGCAAUUGCAAAUGAACAAUGAAAACUAUCAUUACCUCUUCACUUCCUUUGAUAUGGAAUUGUUUGACUUGGAAGACUUCUAUUACAACAGAGUGAACAUGAGCGGCUGGCGGCUGGUGGACCGGGGGUCUGAUAAGGUCAAAGACGCGUUGCAGGUCAUGGAGAAAUUUCAUCCAAUAGGAGCUUCUAUAUUAAGUGGUGGAAAUAUUAAGACUGAGCCAGCUCUUCUGUACGAUGCAGUACAAGUCCUGGCUAUGGCAUUAGCCGUCACAGAAGGGGCGCACACCGGGAACGUGUCUUGCGAUCGGGAUACGCCUUGGGUUCACGGGAUCGCACUUAUGGAUAACAUUAAUAUGAUCCAAGCGCACGGGCUGACAGGUCCGAUAGAGUUCAAGAGCGGCGUCAGGACUACGUUCAACUUGCAGCUAAUGCGACUUACGGGCGGCGAGGCGGGGGGCACCGUGCUCUCGGGCCAGUGGACGCCUACUGAAGGGCUGCUGAUAACAGAUCCAGCAGCUUAUCGCAGGGAUCCACCGCCCAAUGUCACUCUUACUGUUGUUACUGUUGAGGAAAAACCAUACGUGAUGGUGAAAGAAGGUUGGAAUCUCCAAGGCAACGCUCGCUUCGAGGGAUUCUGCAUAGACCUACUGGCUAGGGUAGCAGCCAGAGCUGGUUUCCACUACCGGUUGCGAUUAGUCCCGGACAAUAUGUACGGGGCAAGGGACCCGGACACGGGUCAAUGGAACGGGAUUGUUCGGGAACUAAUGGAUAGGAAAGCAGAUAUAGCAGUUGCGUCAAUGACCAUAAACUACGCGCGAGAAGCAGUCAUAGACUUCACAAAACCGUUUAUGAAUUUGGGAAUUGGGAUUCUAUUCAAGGUGCCAACAUCACAACCGACGAGACUAUUUAGUUUCCUGAACCCUUUGGCAAUAGAAAUCUGGCUAUACGUUUUAGCUGCGUAUAUUUUAGUCUCUUUCACUCUGUUCGUCAUGGCGAGGUUCUCUCCUUAUGAAUGGUCGACUAGUACGCACAUAUGUGGACAUGAAACAAAACUUCUCACGAAUCAGUUCAGCGUGUGUAAUUCUUUUUGGUUCAUAACAGGAACAUUUCUUCGGCAAGGGUCAGGUUUAAAUCCAAAGGCCACAUCUACGCGAAUCGUUGGUGGUAUCUGGUGGUUCUUCACGCUCAUCAUUCUGUCUUCAUAUACUGCGAACCUAGCUGCUUUCCUGACGGUAGAGAGAACUGUACUACCAAUCCAGAGUGCAGCAGACUUGGCAGCGCAAAACAGCAUUCAAUACGGAACCUUGAAUGGCGGUUCUACAAUGACAUUUUUUAGGGACUCAAACAUAGACAUAUACAAGAAGAUGUGGACCCAUAUGUCAACAGCAUCGCCUCCGGCGUUGGUCUCUUCUUACGAAGAAGGAGUGAGGAGGGUCCUCGGCGGGAACUACGCAUUCCUUAUGGAGUCGACAAUGUUAGAUCACAGAGUGCAGAGGGAUUGUAAUCUGACGCAGAUUGGAGGACUUUUAGAUUCUAAGGGUUACGGCAUAGCGACGUGGAAAGGCAGUCCAUGGCGCGACAAGAUAUCACUCGCCAUACUAGAACUGCAAGAGAAGGGGGUCAUACAGAUAUUGUACGACAAGUGGUGGAAGAACACUGGCGAUGUCUGCAAUAGAGACGGAAAGGACAGCAAAGCAAACCCUUUGGGAGUUCAGAAUAUUGGAGGUGUAUUCGUAACACUGUUGUGCGGUCUGGCGUUGGCGAUCGUAGUGGCGAUCCUAGAGUUCUGUUGGAACACAAAGAAGAACGCAUCGCAAGGGAGACAGUCCCUUUGCAGUGAAAUGGGACAGGAAUUGCGAACUGCCAUGAGAGGCGGUUCCUCCAGCAGGACAGUUCUAAGACCUGGGUGUUCUAGGUGCUCGCCAGCGACGCAUGUGCCGCCAGCCCCUUCAAGAUAUGAGAUCCAGGAGAUCGGCAACAGCGUGGAGCUGAAGGAGCUGCGGCGGUCGUAGCGAAGCGCGGCGCGCGCGGGCUCGGUGUCGGGCAUGCC